UCCAGUGUCGUUAAAUCAGACUAAGCCCGGACAAGCAGCAUGGACCCACUCACCUUCCUCCGGUUGUUCCGGGCCAGUUUGUUGGUACAAUUGAGGGAAACUUUUGCGCAGUCCACCCUACACGGAGUUCGCUUCAUCACCGAGCAGGGAAGGCCGUUUUGGGAAAAGUUCUGCUGGUUCUGUAUGGUUUCCAUCAGUUCGGUUACGACGCUCAUCAUUAUCUUCAAUCUGUGGCAGCGGUUCCAGACGAAACCAACCAUCACCGGUCCGGACACUGGAUUUCAGCACAACUGGACCACUUUUCCCACGGUGCUGGUCUGUCCAACGGAUGUCGUGGAUGCAGCCAGAGCCGAAAAGAUUGUGCAACUGAUUGAUCCUUUGGUGAACUAUACGGAAGUUGAACCUACUGUGAAUGCGUUGGCGGGAAUUUCCUACCGACAAAUAGUGACUUCGGAGGAUGUGGGUUUGCUGAACGUGGUCAAAAAUAUUCGAAGCUUCGUAUACUAUGUGGCAAUUGGGUGUGAAGAUUUGUUGUCAAACUGUUGGUUCCGUGGCAUGGAACUGGACUGCUGCAGCCAGUUUAAGUCGGUUUUUUCGGAGUUUGGGUUUUGCUAUGGGUUCAACGCUAAGUUCUACGACACUAUGCCGCAAUGGGAACGCACAACCGAGUUCAACAACCUAUACGAAACGGACAAGAGAUGGGGCCUCUCGUUCAAACCGUCUCGCCCAUCGCACAUCUUCAUACAUUCGUACGACGAAAUUUCCGGCCUAGAGUUCCACCCGCAUGCCCAAUGGGAGGAUGAUUUUGCCAUCGGCAUACUCAUUUCGAAGAAGGAAACCUACACCACCGAAGACGCCCGGCAGCUCUCCAUCUGGCAGCGCAAAUGCAUCUUUCCGGACGAGGUCAAACUCAAAUACUACCGAGAUGGGUACACAUUCUCCGGCUGCAUGAAAGAGUGUCGGAUUCGGAAGUGUCUAAAGUUCUGCAAAUGCGUUCCACCGUUUUACGCCCCACCGAAUUCGUUAGCAUUCUGCACCAUCAAGCAGUUGGCUUGCUUGGUAAAAUACACGGCCAACAUCACCAGCAGCAAUGGAUGCAAGAAUUGCGAGCUGGCCUGUCACAACAAGGUGUACGACGUCGAGAAGUAUUCAAAGUCAACCACGAAUGUCACCAAUGAUGAAGUCGUUACAAUCGAGUUCCUCACAUGGCCUCUGAUCCGCUACAAACGCGAAGUCCUGUUUGGGUGGGUCGACCUGCUGGUAUCAUUCGGUGGCAUCGCGGGUCUCUUUUUGGGCUUCAGCCUGCUGUCUGGAGUAGAGAUUAUUUACUUCUUCACGAUGCGUGCUUGCUGUAUGUUGUACAAAAACCGCGAUGAGCUCAUCGCCAUCGAGCAGGCGAAACUGAAGCGACCCCAGCAUCGGUUCGAUCUCGGGCUUAAACCGGAUCUUCGAUAUCGGAUUCAUGCCUCGACACCAACGAAUCCACAACCCGAAGGUCUGACGAAACGAUCGCUCACCAACAAGCAAGUCAUAACGGUGGGCUUGAUCGAGCAGGAGUUCGAAGCUGUUAAGGUACCCAACAGCAAGGGACUGCUUCUGGCUGGACCAGCCAAACGGUACAUUUCCCGGUACGAACGGAUUGCCAGCAUGGCCAAGCCGAACCAUUUUCAUCCGAUUCUUGUGGCACCGUACAGCGAGAAGAUCAAGCCACUCGAUCAGAAAGUGCUAGGCAACGUGAAUGGUCUCUUCUACGAUGGGUAUUUACCAUGAUUUUUAUAUGAAUAAAUUUUAACAUGUUUUACGUUAUAAAUGCUCGGAAAAUUGAUGUUUAAAAUAAACGGGUUUUAUGCUUAGCUUUUGUAUAUCAUGAUCAGAAUGAUCAAGGUUUGUUCCUUUAAUUGUGUUACUCCUUCAGGAGCGAGCUAUAAAAUAGGAAUAUACAGUUGCCUCUCCACAUCUUGAUAUCGAAGGGACCAUCGAGAUAGGGAGAGAUCGAGACA